UUCAGACAGACUUGGCAUGCGGUAUAAUAAAAGAUCGACAACCGUUUGCCACUCGUGACAUACCGAUCUUCCAAUUACCAUUCCUCGCUGCGGAUAUAGCGCGAACCAUGACUCGUCACCUCUGACGGCAGUCGAGAAAAGACGUUAAUAGAUUUUUGGCGGUUAUUCGUGCUUUAGGACUACUUUCAUCGAAUGCCAUAUUUAUUUUAUUCCUUAUGGCAUCUAAUACACCGCCUCUUUAAGCAGCCUCUUUAAUGGCUGCUUACAGUGAAAACGUCGCGGACACUUCGUACGCGACGUCACCGCCUCGCGCUCUACGCCACAUUUACCGGCUGUUCUAUUCUAUUUCUGGUACUAUUCUAGUCCGGGGCAACUUCCAAGCGGCAUCGUUCGUAACUCCGCUCCCCUCGUAACCAGUUGGAACUCAGCAUCGUGUGUGAUAGAUACUCAACCUUAGGACUUGGUCGUGGAAGUCUUAUCGGUUGGGUUAUCAGAAGGAGGUUCUUUUUUUUCUUGGCAGGUCUCUUACUUAUCCUUCACUCUGACAGACUUCCUGUACACACUUAAGAAGUGAAUACGGUGCUGAGAAGAGAUCAAUUGUUUGAGACGGUUCACCAGGACUGUUACGGUCUAUGUUACGGUCUAUGGUCUAUGGACUACUGUGAUCUUGUAUCGUGAGUGGAAGAGUGCUACUCGACCUGGUGGCUUCGACCUAGGGACACCGUGGAAACAGGAAGGCCAGGAUGCAGUGGCGCCGGCAAAGAAGAGUUACCCACGUGAUUGGAUCCUCUAAUCAUGUUCUACUAUUAGCGAGGUACCAAGACGCUCCGCCGGGUGAAGAAGACGAGGAGGACGGAUUGCGAAAUGGUUACGUUAGAGGUCAAGAAAAUGGCUCAAGCUCGCGGACAUUCGAUCGCAAUGCCCAAACGAACUACAAGCCCCGGAGAACCUACACAGGAAAUACGAGCGGCUACGGGAGCAGCAGUUCCAGAUCGAGGAAGGAUGAUUCCGCGGAUUCCCCGUCACAGCCGAAGAUCAUCUUCAACGAGGACGAGUACACACGAAUCACUACGCCGAGGCAGGAUGUCCUCUUCAAGAAGGGGUACCUGUCGCAAAAGAAACCCUGGGCUAGUACAGCCAGUACCAGUGCCACGCCUUCAACGACAGAGAGUCAAUCUGCCUCUCACUCGACAGCAGACGGUAGUGAGACUACCGAGGACCAACAGCUCUUAGACAGAGACAGCGCAGCUGGUGAAUUCCCUCCAGUUAUUGAAAUGGCACCACCGCGUGCGUACGGAACCAUCUAUGAUCAUAAUAGUGGAUACUAUUACGAAUAUCCACUGAUGAUAGUUGGACCACCAGUACCUAGUCAGGUUGGACCUAAUGUUCUAGCAGCAGUGCCAUGUGGUCCUGUACCCUUAAGGCCUAUCGAAUGGGUCAAUCCUGCGUUUGUACCAAGGCUAGCCAGCAAUCAAUACGGCAUGGUGGAUUACCAGGUCGAACACAGUCCGGAGAUUGCCAUGGACCCUGGCACAGAAUUGAUCAACGCUGAAGCAGCAAAUGGAAACGAAAGCGAAUCUGGAACUGCAAAUGGGGUUGAGAGUGGUGCUGAUGAGGAACCCACGGAAGACACUAUCGAGGAACCUGUGGAAGAAGUCAUCGAGGAACCUCUGGAGGAAGUCAUUGAGAACGGCCCUAUACCAUUUAUGGAUCCAGCGAUAGCGCAGCCUAUUCAUAUACCCCACAUACCUCCAGGGCCACAGCAGUACAUGUAUCCUGGCCACUUUAUGUUUGGACCAUCCCUAGUCAACGUCAACGGUGUGACGAUACAGACUGGUCCCAUGGUCAGGAGCAACGACGCGGCUGUCACCACGGCGGCGGCGGCAGCCAAACGAAGGAAAAAGAAAAAAAGAAGAAAGCAGAAACGACUUGCUCAGGGUAAUACCGAAGACGAGGAAGAGGAAGAAUACAGUUCGGACUGUGACCCUGGUGCAACAUCAUCUCGACUUCCUUGGGCAGCUAAUUCAUCCAAGGGUACAACCACGAGCACUAGUGUACAUCGACCGCUGAAUCCCGAAUGUCAGGAAUUUCAGCUCCGAAGCAUUGUCCAGCCUGAAGUUUCGGCAGUCGCGAAUAAUAGCGAUGCUGCUGUUGUGCCUGAUGUAUCUUCUAUUGAGGAAAGUCCUCCCGCUGAUUGUUCAUCUGGUUUGUCUGGGCCACUCCAAGCAUCGUCAUUGGGAUCGGUCGAGACAACUUCAGAAUCGAUUGAAACAACGUCUACGAGUACAGAAGCCUUGGAGAUCAGUGGCAAGAUACCUAAUAACGUACUGGAUAAAUCUAAUGGAGAUAUGUUGAAAAAUAAUACUUCCAGAUUGGUUUCCGAAUCAAUCAACGAAGAUUCCUCGUCCGUUUGCCUCAAUGAUCGAUCCGAUGAUCUGGACAACGACGUCAGAAGACUGAAAGACAGGCUCGAUGAACCUGAAGAAAAAGUUGAAGAAUCCAAGACAAUUGGGAUGGACGAUGUUGCGAUGAAAGACAACGACCUAUUGCUAGACGUCGACUCACGGAAGUUGAGCAAGAUUGAUUCCGUGAACGGUGAUGAAAAUCUGAAACAAAGCAACGGGCAGAUAAAGGAUACUGAAGUAAUAGUAUCCUAUAAGAAAAAGUCUGAUAAGAUUGAGUUAAAUAGUAUCAAUGUUAAUAUUGAGACAUCAACCAGACCUAUUUCUCCAUCCGGAGGAUCAUCCUUAGAUAAACCAUGCUCAAGACCCACGAGUCCAGAAAUCAAUAAAACAACCACACCAAUAAAUGCGGAAGCACAACGACUACCUGAGAGCUACGAGUCACUGGUUACGAAGCCACCAGUACCAGCCCCAAGAAGAAAGUACAGCGCCAAAGGAUUGAAAUUCGUACGGGAACCAACUCCUGGACCGGACUUGGACACAGAGACGAAUGUGGACGUAGAGGAAGCGUUGAAAGCCAAAGAAGAAAUUUUGGAACCAGGAUCUACAGAAGUCGUUCAUAUUCAGACAUCAACUUCUAGCGUGGAAUCGAUUUCUGUGCCAAAUGAAUUGAAAUCGAAAGACCAGGAGAAGCAUAAACUGGAGAAUGGUGGAAAUAAGAACGAAAUAGAUGACCAAAUUUUCGUUGCUUUGAACGAUGAUUCUAGUCGUAAUAUACAGAGUCGUCUGUCCGAUCAUCCUAUAACGGAUGCUGUUACCGAAUGGCUCAGAAAAUCAAAUUCUCCGGAUAUCUUCCUAACACCGAUGGAUUUGGCGAAUAGCGAAACAGAUGAAGAUGAGGAGGACGUAAUGGAUGUGGAUGAGCCGCCAAAAAACUUGCAAGGCAACCCCAUGCCUGCACUAUCUGCUAAUGGCGACGUCGCCGACGACGAGGUGUCGUCGUUGCGCGUAGCCAACCGCGGCGAAUUCGCAAGGACCAAUAUCGAGACUGUGAAAACAGAGAAGAAGAGUAUGAAGCCAGCAGUGGUAGGAAAGAAGAGAAGAUCGAAAGCGUCGGGUAGGAAAACCGGAAGUGGAUCAGAAAAUAAGACUAACUCAAAGAAAAAUUAUAUAUCUGCGCACGUCCACGAGCCCGAGACAAAGGCCAUGAUACGAAAUGGCGAACUGCUGCUGAGAGAUGUUGGUGAGGUUUGCGAAUUGACCGAGGAGGAUAGCGAUGCGGGUAUGAGGGUUGCUUUAAGCUCUCGGAUGGACUCUGAAGGAGUCGACACAGAAUCAACGAGGGGAACGAAUCAGGACCGAGUUAAAAAUAAUGAAGUAAAAAUAGAGUCUGGAUCAUCGAAUGGAAACGAGAAGGAGGUACUCGUUAAAAAGGAUGCAGUGAGCGUUAAAGACAUAAGGACAUUUGAGAGAGGAGAGAUUGUAGUUUCCAUGUCAGGAAAGUUACUUCCUGGAGCCUCCUACGAGGCACUCGUGUUAGAUCAUAGAGUAGCCAACCAGACUGAGUCUAAGAACACGCGUAGAAAUGAUGUUGGUGAAUCAAACAAGAAGGAAGCUCAAGUUUUUGAAAGGAUGCGAGAGAGUAGCAGCAUAGAGGACGACGUCAGUGCAAUGGCCUCAUUAGGUAGUAUCGAGGAACCUGACGUCCUUGAAUGCUGGGAGGCUGAAACGAUUGAACCAGUGACAACGCCAAAGAGGAUGAUGCAGACACGUGGUGUAUCGCAGGACGGAGAGGCCGCGGAAGAGGACGCAGAGGGAGCAGACAUCGCAAGCGUGGAACAUGUAAGAAAAUAUUACAGGUUAGCACGCGAGAGCGCGACCAGUCUCGAAGAAGAGGAAGUAAACGAGACCCGGACACCGGUGAGCUCAUCAAAGUCCCGAACUGUGCCAAACAGUCCAGAACGUAUGAUCGAGAGUCUUUGCAGCGAGGAGAUCCCGGUGAUCGUACCGGCCGAGAUCCAUGAAAAAUUCCUAGAGAAAGACAUAGUGCCCGUCGACGAAGCCUUUGAGGUUUACGAGAGUUGUUACACGGGUAAAACGCCAUUUUUCUCGCUGGACAGCAAGCACGAUAAAUCAAGGCCAAUAUACGGCCAAGAGGAGGAAGGACCCGUACCGUGCAAAGCGGUUUGCUGUAACAUACAGUAAAGCUCGCAUCACUAUAAUCGCGUCUCGCCAUUAUACCUAGCGCGCUCUAGCGCAUAUAUGGCGAAAGUUCGAUAACAAUCAAUAUCUAUCAUGACUAUAAUUAAGAAAACAAUACAAGGAAUCAUGAUAUUCUACUUUUUACAUCAAUAUCCUACUUUCGCCAUGCUGCCACAACCGUGAGAGAAGCACUCAGCGGCCUGUAACGAGUGCUGAGCACGAAUAUCAUUACUAAAGGUAAACCAAAAUUUAAUUUGGGUCUUCAUGGAAAACUGCGCGUAAAUGCUCAUUGGCUGUCAUCGUGGUACCGGAUAAUUAGGUUAUAAUGCGUUUUCAUGUCGCUUAUCCAUUCUUGUAAAUAGCUUUCGACGCGACGUCCUCACGCAAUCAUAUUUCGCGGGAAGCUGCCAGUACUCGUAUGUACGUUAUUUAAUGGAAUCGCAAUGAAAUUACGUUAGCUGACGAAAAGGGUGUAAGGGUAUGAUUCAUGUCGAUAUCGCCUUGUUCCAAUGGUGCUGGAUGAAAGAAUUCUAACUGUCGUUUGUUAUGCUGUCGGCGGUAGACGAGUCGAUCGAUGCGCUACUAGCCUUGGAUCUAGGAUGGGUGAUCGUGAGGAAAACUUCAAACGAACGACGAUUGUUAAAAUGGAUUUCGAAUUAAGAGACGGUGUCACGUUGUUAUUGUUAUCGCUCUUGUUAAUUAUACUAUAUAAGCGAGGAAGUAAAAUUGGCGACAUCGUACUGUGCUAAUAUAUAGUAAGUCGAUGGGAUAAUAUUUUGUACGAUCUCCAUACGAAGAACAUUAGAAUUCGAAGUGGGAUUAAUAAGAGUGGCUAAAUUUUUGGCGUACGUGUUAUUAUUGUCGUUACGAAUAUUUGAUCAUGAGAAAAUGGCUCCGAUUAUGCGGCACGCGAAGAACCAUGUUAUUGUAGAGAUAUAAAUCGUAAUUUCGAUUACCAUCCAAUUGGUCCGGAACUAGCGAAGAAGAAAUAUUAAUAAUUAGUAAUUAUUAACGCAUACCGAACCUUGUAGAAUCCGAUUAAUCAACCAAGAUUUGCGUUAGUUAGACGUGACAACCGAUAACAUUGGUGCAGAUUGCAACCUUCGAAUACGAGUUAGAAAUAGACCCAGAGCAGUGUAGAGUAAAAAAAAGAGACGAGAACAGAAAUGGGGAAAAAAUAAUAGUUAGAGAAAAAAAUAAUUGUAACUUGACAGUCUUUGUAGUUGUUUCGGUAGACUCGUUGUAUCGAGAUUAACGUAACGUGUACAUAGGCAAGGUUAUGCUGAUGAACGAGACUAUAAUUGUCUCGUGAACGUUAAUGAAUUGCAAUGGGGCGCGUAUGAAGUGUAUGAGAGAAGAAAAUCAGCAGGAUAGGAGGCGAAAAGGAUAAAGAUAGAAAAAGAAGAAAAAUAAAUGGAAAAACAGGGAACGAAUGACCAAGGAAUGUUGGAAUAACGAUAAAUUUGAUGCCAUUUACUCAAGAGAUUCUAAUCGAACAUUAGAUAAAAACAUACUAAACGUAAAUAUACGCAUGUACUUACACAUUACAUACGCGAUAAAAAGACAAGAAAAUAUUGCACACGUUAUGACAUAGCUCACGCUUUUAAGUUAGUUCCGUGCCGGCUAGUCUGUAAACCUCAGGAUGAGUACAACGUAAAAGUUGGUUACAUUAGGACGUGGUUCGCGUUCUAAAUACGUAUCCCAUAUCGUAAUAUGCAAGAGAUACCUCAUAGAGCUGUGUAAAUAAGCAGCUGUUCGUUUGCUCGUUUGUGAAGGCAGUUAAAUGGGAGAAGGAAAUUCGAAAGGAAAGAAAAGAACAUAAAGUUGAAGGAAGUAAAAGAGAGAAAGUGAAGGGAAGGAAUUCAAGUUUGAAUUAAUGACGAAUAGUAAGGGGGGGGGGGGCAUAGGUGCAAAUCGUUCCUGCGAAAAGCUCUAGUUUCCGCUAUGGUGUAAUUCGUUAAUAGCGACGACGAUGAUAAUUCGUACGAAGCGGAAUAUUUCUGCGUGGGGAUAUAUCACGUGACGGUCGUCAGUUCGCAUUCAUCGCCACCAACAAAAAAGUAAUACGUUAAAGAUAGAUAUGAUAUAUCGCUAUUAUAAAAUGCGCGUUGCAUCAAAUGUGUGCCUUAUUCUGUGGCGGCCAUUUUUGUAACCAUUUCCGAAACAAGCACCUUGAUAGUAAAGAGGCGACAGGCAAACGUCAGAUAAAAGAAACAGGUUCAGACUAAUUUAAAAAAAUGCAAGGGCAAGAAACAAUAAGGGGGAAAAUAAUAUUAAUAUUAAUAGUAAUAACAAAACUAAGAGACAGCCGACUGUCGUUCAAACACCAUCGUUGACAAUUUUACCUAGGCAUGCAUACUCGAUGAGAAGAACAAAAAGGAAAAUUAAAAAAAAAUCAUCCUGUCAUUUCAUACUGUGGACACGUUCAUCAAGUUCACUUCUUCGUACCUACGUGUACACGUGCAUUACAAAAUACAAAGAAGCAUACACAUACACAUUAUGCCACACACAUCCAUUUAUACAUACACCCACACACAUUUAACACGUGACGUGUUACUACUGUACAAUUACACUUUAGUUGUAUUGAAAUAAACGUGUAAGAAAUAACUGUACUUCAAUUUUGUUGUGUUUUUGCUUAAAAAAUAUUAAUAAAUCGAUUCGAUUGAA